AUGGCCCUGGCAGAGGCACAGGAAGCCUCCCUUAGGAGCCGAAAGGAGCUGGCUGGGAACACAAAAGAGCUGAGGAAGAAGCUUCCCCCAGAGGUUUCCAAGGAGGUUGGCCCUUUGCUGCGGGCCUACCAGGAGGAGAUCGACAGGCUCACCAACAGGGCCAAGACUGGCGAAUCCGCUUUCCUCGAGUUGUACCAGCGCCUGUAUGAUGCUCCCGACCCCACUCCCUCGCUCGCGCUUGGAGUGGAGCUGGCGUCCAAAUGCACAGCCGCUGAAGCACGGGCCAACCGCCUGGCUCAGGAGCUGGCAGAGUAUAAGGAAGAGAGCUCAGCGCUGCGGAACCAGGACCUUACCAUCCGGCGAUUGGAGGAGAAGGUCCGGAGUCUGGAGGCCCAGGUUGAAGAAAAGGACCGACAAGUGAAAGAGAGCAAGCGCAGCGCCGCAGAAGAGGCACAAGAAGCGAUCGUCGCCGAGAUGCGCCAGCGUGAAGAAAGGCUUGCCGACGAGCUGGCACAGGCCCAGGCCAGCGUGGAGGCCAUGCGGCGGCUGCACCAGGCCUCCCAGACCCAGGUCAUGACCAUGCAGUCUCGCAGCGAGGAGGAGCAGGUGAACCUUCGAUCCGAGCUGGACCUGGCCGUGGAGGAGAUGGAGAGGGCGCAGGCCAGGCUGGCGCUGCUGGAAAAGGAGCACGAAGCCAUGCUCGAGAAGGCACAGGGAGAGCGGAGUGGCGAGGGAUCGAGCGCCCCUGAGCCCGUCGACCGCUCGGGAACGGAGGAGGCCCUGCGGCAGGAGCUGUACGUCCAGCGGGAGCUUGCGGGGCGCCUGGCCUCCGAACUGCGGGCUGCCAGGGAGGAGCUGGCUCAGUCCGGCGCGGCCGCCGACUCAAAGCUGGAGGGGGUGCGGGCUCUGCUGGAGGCCCAGAGCAGCCAGAGCGCGGCUCUGGAGGCCGCUCUGGCUUCCAGGCCGACGCAGGAAGAGGUGGCCGAGCUGCGGCAGCAGGUGCGCCUGCUCCAGACCCUGGGCUACGGAGAGAGCGCGGGUGCAGAGGGCCUGGACGGCGUGACGGCCGCGCUGGCGGAGCGCAGCCGGCGGCUGGAGCACGAGCUCACCCUGGCGCGGCUGGCGGCCACCCAGGCGCAGAGCGCGAGCGACGCGGCCGAGGCGCAGGCGGCUUCCUUGGCGUCCGAGCUGGAAGCCGCGCAGCAGCUGGCUGGCCGCCUGGAGGAGGACCUGGUGCUGGCGCAGCGCCAGGCGCCCUCCAUGCUGGCGGUGAUGAGCGGGCAGCGGGACCGCUUCCGUGCGCGCGUGCGCGAGCUGGAGGAGCACCUGCUCGUGCAGACGCAGCAGCUGGCACGGGCUGGGAACGAUCUGGAGGCGGCGAGGGCCGACAACCUGGCGCUCGCGGAGCGGCUCAAGUAUGUCCAGAGCUAUGGCCGGGUCCAGGCCGAGGGGGACGUGGAGAGCGGGGCGGACGCGGUGGGGCGGUACAUGAAGCAGUACGAGGACGGCGUCAACCCCUUCAACGCGUUCCGAGCCAAGGAGAGGACGGCGGCGACGCGGGGCAUGCCGCUGACAGAGCGCGCCGCGUACCGCAUCGGGGCGGUGGUGGCGGGGUCGCGUACUGCCAGGUCGGCGCUGAUGGCCUACGCCCUGGUCCUCCACUGCGUCAUCUUCCUCGUCCUGGCCAGGUCCGCGCACAAGGACAUGUCGGCCAUGACCUCGAUAGAGGCGUCCUGCAGCAAGCUGGCGGCCGCGCAGGCCCUGAACGCGGCCGUGCCCGCCCUGAACGCCACCGCGACGGGGGAUGUGCUGAGGGCUGUGGACCCAGUCACGGGGGCGCAGGGCAGGCGCCUGCUGGGGGCGCUGCUCGCCCUCGUGAGGGGCCGGUGA